UUCUCGCUCCCACUACAAUGUCAAAACAAGGGAAGGUCGGAAGUAGAUUAAAUUAUGGAAAAAAGUCAAAAUACCCAUCCUCUGGUUUAGGGGUACAACGGGGACCACUGAAAGAAAUGACACAAUCCCAGAAAUGUAUGUUUUCAUGUGCGGCCAUUGCUCUGAUUGUGGCCGUUUGCGUGGCACCACUGACAGCUGAAAUAACUAUAUCUGGUUUUCAUCACCAAAAACACAAAGACUUAAAGAUGGAUGAGGCAUUACUGACAGUCAGCAAUGAGCUGGACAUUGGGCUGGUGGUGUCCUGGAAAUCCGAGCGCUGCUACCAGUGUUUGUACCAGCAGCUUGGGGCGGUACCAGGGGCUCCCAGUCCUGGUCAGCUUGGUUCAGUUGACUUUGUUGUGAGCACACAGCAUGAAAUCACACUACAGCUCAACAGUACUGUCAACCUGCAGCUGUGCAUGGUUCCAUUCCACUUUGGGGAGCAUGGAAACUACUCUCUUUGGGUGAAAAAUCUGAAUGACUCCUCAGUGGUCAACUGCUCUGUAGUGACUGAUACAGAACCCACCAACAGCUACAUACCAAUAUUGGUAGCUUUCCUUAUAUUUGGUGGACUGUUUUUGGUGUCAGCCAUCGGUAGAAUAAUAUUAAGGCUCGAUGUGGUGAAGAGUAUCCUCUUCCGAUUGGGUGGCUCCAUGGAAACAGAAAGGCUCAUCAACUCUGAACUGGGCUUCCCUGGCAGGACUGUACCACCACUUACUGACAAUAUCCUUCCUCCACCACCCAGACCCAGCAAGAGGCUGCGAUCUUUGGACACAUUCCGAGGGAUUUCCUUAAUCAUUAUGGUGUUUGUGAACUAUGGAGGGGGGCGAUACUGGUUCUUUAGACAUGAAAGCUGGAAUGGUCUUACUGUUGCAGAUCUGGUCUUCCCUUGGUUUGUGUUUAUAAUGGGGACAUCAGUUGCACUGUCAAUCAACUCCCUGCUGUGUGUUGGCUCAAGCCGAGGCUCGCUGCUGAGGAAAGUUGUGUGGAGAAGCCUGCAGCUCUUCAUCAUCGGUGUCAUCAUUAUCAACCCAAGCUACUGUCAGGGAGCAUUAUCUUGGGACAACCUGCGGAUCCCAGGUGUUUUGCAGCGCCUGGCCUGGUCUUAUCUGGUUGUAGCCUGCCUGGAUCUGAUGGUGGCUAAAGGCCACCUUGACUUCCUCACAACGCUUCCAGCUACUUGGUGGUCUCCUUUCCUUGACAUCUUGAUGUACUGGCCCGUUUGGCUGUGCAUGGUCUUCUUAGAAAUCAUCUGGCUGUACCUCACUUUCCAACUCCAUGUACCAGGUUGUCCAACAGGGUAUCUGGGCCCAGGUGGGAUCGGGGACAUGGGCCUGUAUGCCAACUGCACCGGAGGAGCGGCCGGUUACAUUGACCGUUGGCUGUUGGGAGAAAACCACAUCUACCAGAAUCCCUCGUCACGGGUGAUCUAUGCAACUCACAUGCCAUAUGAUCCUGAGGGUGUUCUUGGCAGCAUCAACUCCAUCCUCAUGGCUUUCCUGGGAUUACAGGCAGGAAAAAUAAUAUUGCACUACAGAGACCUCCACACAAGUAUAAUGUCGAGGUUUCUUAUAUGGGGUUUCUUUUUGGGAGCCAUUUCAGCAGUUCUGACUAAGUGUUCUACAGACCAGGGCUUCAUUCCUGUCAACAAGAACUUAUGGUCUCUGUCCUAUGCGACAACACUGGCCUGUUUUGCCUUUGUGCUGCUGAUGCUUCUCUACUAUGUAAUUGAUGUGAAGAAAUGGUGGUCAGGAGCUCCUUUCUAUUACCCUGGUACAAACUCCAUCCUUGUGUAUGUGGGCCAUGAAGUGUUUGAGGAGUACUUCCCCUUUCGUUGGCGCAUGGCAAACAGCCAGUCCCAUGCUGAACACCUCACCCAGAACUUAGUGGCUACUUCCUGUUGGGUGAUUAUCUCCUAUGUGCUGUACAGAAAGAAGAUUUUUUGGAAAAUUUAGAAUUUGGACCUGUGACUGGUGGAUUUUUCAGACAGCAGGGGACACUGUUUACAUCAGAAUUGCUGGAAUUCUAUUAUGAGUUCUAAUAUUGGAAAAAUUACUAUGAUUGUGUGUGUCUAUCUUUCUCUGAAGAAAUAUGAGGUCAAUUUGUCAAACAUUCUUUUUUAAAAUGUGUAAUCACUACUUUAUAUGAUUAUAAAAUGUAGUGUAUUUUUUUUUUUCAAAGAUAUGAAGCAUCUGCCAAAUGUCUUUACUGGCUCAGGAAUAACAAUUUUAAGAAUUUGAUAAUCUAGCGUGUGACUGUGUUGUAGAUGCAGGUUUCAUUCCCCAUUUUUGUGCCACAAACCAAGGUUUUGCACAUGUGGGUUAUUGACUUCUCUUUUCUUUUGCUGCCAUCUUAAAUACAGCUGGACACAUACACACAGAACAAAUUAUUUAUACUCUAAAGGAAAGGCUAAGAAGAGUGCUGACAUUUUUUCCACUCAUUUGGUAAACAAAAGUGAAAUUGUGUGUAAGUGUUGUGUUUUGAAAUAAUCCUGCAAUAUGUAAGUGUUCAGUUGUCUAUGUAUAGAUUUGCUGUAAUGCUCAUGUAUCAUUGCCGGUGAGAAGGUCUGCACAAGUGCAAGUGUGUUUGUUUAAUUUAGUUUUUUUACAAUCCUCCUCACUUCCCUCACACUCUGCAUGUUUUCUUAACAAGGAUUUUGUAUUUGAUGUGAUAUCGUGCAGAGGGGAAGUGAAAAUGACUAUUGAAACCACUGGGGUCUUUCUAGUUCAUUAGGUUUUGCGAAAACACAAGUCACAGAUUUGAAUGUUUAUUUUCAGUUGACAGAACUCUCUUUACCAAAGUUUGCCAAAUAGCAACCAUUUCUUUCACAUUUUGUCAAAAAUGUCAUAAAUUCUGAGGACACGAGUCUGCUGUAUGAGGUCCAUUUACCAUAGUAUUAUUCCACAAUACAUUAUACAGUCAGAUUUAAUUUCAGUAGCAAUGCAAACUACAGACUCAAAUAACCAUUAAAUUAAAUCAACACUAACUGUUUCAAAGGGAGGAUUUGUUUAUUUAGGUAGGUGUACCUACCUUAAAUUACCCACAGGGUGUGUAUUUGAUGUCUUAUCUUGCAAAAAUUGUUCAGCCUCUGCCUUAGUAUGUAAUUCAUCUGAUUUGAUGCUCUUACUCCCACCAUAUCAUAUAAACAUACCCCUCCUGCUAUCAUUUAUCAAUAGACUUUGUAAAAUCAAAAUGCUGAGAUUUAUUUUUUGUAUUAUUCCUCAUAGUUCUCAUAAACUAAUGAAAUUCAUUAUCAGACUUUUCUAAUGUUUUUUUAAUCAUAUAUUUAAACACUACAUUUAUAUUACAAUAAACCAUGUUCCAAAUGA